AUGUCGCUCUACGGUGGUAUCAAAUUCUCUAUAGGUGAACAAGCUGAAUCAGGCUUGGCUUCCGCGGGCUCUGGCACAGCAGCUCUCGCAGCGAAGGUUCAGCCAAUAGACGAACCUGGUCCAACUCCUGAAGUACCCAAUUCCACUCCGACUGCAUCGACCGUACCCGAAAAGACUGCCAAAGUCUCUGGACAGGCAUCAGCGGCAUUGAAAUUCGCCCCCAGAAUCCCAAAGCCCAAACCUGCUCCCUCUCGACCACCUCCAUCAGCUACCAGCAGUGCCAGUGGACUCAUGUACAAUGGCCAAGGUCAAGAUGAAGUCUCUGAGGGCUCAGGAUCAGGUGCAAAUACCGAGACGAGGACGUACAAGCCUGAUAUAGUCCGGUCUGCUGAACCUCAGCUCUUUGGAGUCAGCGCUGGUGGACCCAUGAGAGAGGAUGUCAUUGUUCUUGGGCUGGAUGGACGACCGCUGGCUCGAGCCCCAGCGAUGACUCUGAACGCUGGUAAGAAGGGGAAAGCGAAGGGGAAAUACGGUAGUCGAGGCAGAGAUCAGCAGAAUACCGAGGGGAAGAAGAGGAAAAAGAAGAAGAAGAGGCGCGUCCAAGUUCCUAUCAUACCUACUUUUGACCCCGAGGAACAGUACGACCCGUAUAAGCCGAAUGAUCUUGGAGAGUAUCAAUACUACCGCAAGAAACUACGAGAGGAACGCCGAGCUCAGCUCAUUGAAGACAGGAGGAGGAAAGACGCAGGGGAAAGUAGCGAAGGGUCGAGCUACUAUACCGACAGCUCGGAAGAAGAAGCGCCGCGUCGGGACGCUCCGAAAAUGUUCGCACCUCCAAAGCAGUACUCCCCUCCCCCUUCGUCCAGACCUCGUUCACCUUCCCCUCCACCAUCUGUACCACCACCACCGCCACCACCUGCCCCUCGUCCCUCAGCACCAUUCGAGACAGGUGACGACGCUUACGCCAGGCGUGCGGCUAUGGCAAACGCCUCGAAUGCAGUGACAGGGGACGAUGCUUAUGCUAAACGUCUGGCAAUGAGCAACUCAGCAGUCACUAAAACUCCUUCAGGCCCACCAGCUCCUCCUGUACCCGCUAGCGGAGACGAUGCCUACGCAAGGCGGGUCGCUAUGAGUCAAGCGGCAUCAGGUGACGACGCGUAUGCUCGACGACUGGCCAUGUCGCAAUCUGUAUCUGGCUCGAAUGCCUUCGUACCGCCACCGACACACCUCGCCGCCAAUGCGCCAAACAUUCCGCCAUCGUCCGGCUCGAGCAUCCCUGGCUUCGGCUCAUUCAACCUACCCCCUUCUCAGGCUGGGUCAUCGAUAGCAGUGCCUCCUUCCGCCCAGCCCGCCGGUUCUUCCGUCGCACCCUCCGAUGAGUUUGCCACCAUGCUGGAGGAACGGAAGCGGGCUGCUCAGGCGAUCGCAGCUCGACUGCAGGCUCUCGCCGCCGAGAAUCCGCCCGCGCCCGCGGCUGUUCCAACUCCAUCAGUGGUCGAAGACACCAGCGGGACCUUUGCCGAGAAAAUGUUCCGUAAAUGGGGUCAUGUCGAAGGCACCGGUCUCGGAGCUCGCGGGGACGGUAUGGUCCAUGCCCUCGCUGCUGAGCACGUGGAAGCGGCUCCGAAACCCGCUGAUCCAUCACAGCCCCUGUCAAAGAGGCAGAUCGCAAAGCAGAAAGCAGCUGCUGCGAAUGCCAAGAAUAAGAAUCGGAAAUGGGUCCAACACGCCACGUCGAGAGGGAGAAUCGUCAAUACGAACGAGGACGAAAGGGCGAAAGAGGAGCAAGCGAGAUUGGGGGAAGCCAGUCGGAUCAUCUGUCUCGUCGGAUGUGUCGAGAGCAUUGAUGAUGUUGACGAAGAAUUGUCCGAGGAGAUUGGAGAAGAGGCUUCCAAGUAUGGUAUCGUCGAGCGGGUCGUUUUACACAUGGUCGAACCGCCUCCCGAGGAUCCCAGGGACUGCCUGAGGAUUUUUAUCGUCUUCUCCGGUAUGGCAGGCGCAUGGAGAGCGACCAAAGAGCUGGACGGGCGGUUCUUUGCAGGCGGGAAGAUCCGAGCGACAUACUUUGACGAGAGCAAGUUUGAUGCUGGUGACCGGGACGGUCCGCUGGUCUGA